AUGGAGUCUACUGAUCCCUACCAUAGGGAGCUCAGCAUCGCAUGUUUAGCGGUCCAGAGAGCCGCUCUCCUGACGAAGAAGGUGCUCGACGCUGUUGACAAAGGGACUCUCGAUAAGAGUGAUUCGACGCCUGUCACGAUUGCUGACUUCACCGCUCAAGCUCUGAUCGUUAGUGCGAUUCAUCAUGUCUUUCCCGAGGACACCAUCGUCGGUGAGGAAGACUCAAUGGCCCUUCGACAGGAUGAAAGUUUACUUGAACGAGCCUGGGAUCUAGUCUCGUCCGUUCAGCUUGAAGACGAAGAAAGCGAGGCACUGCUUUAUUCUCCGGGCUCGAAGGAGGAGAUGCUCGAGCUGAUCGACCUGGGGGCUCUGGGUACUUGUAGCCCACAUAACCGCUCCUGGGUCCUGGAUCCCGUGGAUGGCACGGCAACGUUCAUGCAAGGCCAACAAUAUGCGGUGUGUCUGGCACUGGUGGAGAAUGGACGCCAAAAGGUCGGAGUCUUGGGCUGUCCGAAUCUCAAUCUGUCUUCCGGCCGGAUGCAUGAAGAUAUCGUCGAUCACGACGGGUACGGACACCAGCUCUUUGCCGUUGCUGGCCAAGGCGCAUAUAUGCGGAGAAUGGGGAGAGGGGCACUCCUACCGGCGCGCCGGGUUGAACCGAGACCCCAAAUCAGCGACUUUAAAGACCUCGACUUUGUGGACUGUGUCGCUUCCACAUCAUCUAACUAUGACUCUCACGCUCACUUUGCAUCUUAUCUGGGCGUACCCUGGCCCCACACAACCGAUCUCUGGGCAGCGCAGUUACGAUAUGUUGCUAUCGCGGUAGGGGGCUGUAACACUUUAAUCAAGAUGCCCCGCAAAGCGUCAUAUCGGUCCAAGAUCUGGGACCAUGCAGGAGGCAUGUUAAUUGCAGAGGAGGUAGGGUGUAAGGUCAGCGACCUUGCAGGUAAUCCGGUUGACUGCGGCCUGGGCAGGACCCUGGCGGAGUGUUACGGGAUGAUUAUAGCGCCUGCAUCUAUCCAUGGACGGUUAGUAGAGGCCAUGAGACAUUAUCGAGCAGGAUGA